UGUAACAAAACAGUCAAACCGUUUAUGACACCGUUAGCUUGAGUUUGUUUUAGAACCGUAAAGCAGGGGAAAGACGAGGAUCUUUCAACAUGGCUGCGCGGUCACAUGUGGAUUCUGGAGUGAAUGAGCGGAGAUUGCGUCCAAUUUACGAUUGUUUAGACAAUGGCAACAACAAAAAAGCCUUACAGGAAGCUGACAAACUACUUAAAAAGCAAAAAGACUUUUUGUGUGCAAAGGCUUUGAAAGCACUAGCAUUAAUACGUCUGGGAAGACAAGAUGAAGCAGUUGGGACACUACAAGAAGUACACGUUGAAGAUCCAACUGAUGAUCCAACUCUUCAAGCUAUGACCAUAUGUUAUCGUGAAUUACAUAAACCUCAGCUUAUUGCUGAUGCAUAUGAAAGAGCAACCAAGAAAGAUCCUCAGAAUGAAGAAUUAUUAUCUCAUUUGUUUAUGUCUCAUGUACGAAAUGGAGAUUACAAAAAACAACAACAAACAGCUAUGGCCCUGUAUAAACUAAAACCAAAAAAUCCAUAUUAUUUCUGGGCCAUAAUGAGUAUAGUCAUGCAGGCAAAUGUAGCAGAAAAAAAAUUAGCAAAACAAAUGCUUUUACCUCUUGCAGAAAGAAUGACAGAAAAAUUUGUAAAAGAAAAUAAACUUGAAGCAGAAGCUGAAGUACAGUUGUAUUUGAUGAUUCUUGAGCAACAAGAGAAAUAUGAAGAAGCUAUUGAAGUCUUAGAUGGUCCGCUUCGAGAAAAACUAUCACCAUAUCAAGAUGUUUUGCACAGAAGGAAAGCUGAGUUUUUAAUAAAAUUACAAAGGUGGCCUGAAGCGAAUAAAGCUUUUAAGAAACUUAUAUUAGGAAACCCUGAUCAAUGGUCUUACUAUGUUGAAUAUUUCAAGUCAGUUUAUAACCUUAUUGAAAGCAACUGGCAACCUGAUGAAAACAGUAUUGAUACUCCAGAAGGAUGUGUGGAUUAUAAUUUUCAAAUGGCUAUUGAUUUUGUGGCAGCUCUUGUUGAAGAACAGAAUGGAACCAGAGAUGGCAGAAAACUACGUGGUCCUUACUUAGCUCAAAUUGAAUUAUUAAAUGAACUUUUAAAGCGAAACGAUCCUCUAGCAAAUAAAAUAGGUUCAAUGGUGGAAAUAUUAGCAAGUUUUUAUGAGCAGUUUGGCUCAAAACCUAGUUGUUUUAUAGACCUGUCUCAUGUUAUCAGCACUAUGGCUCUUAAACAAGAGGAAAUAAAAAUGCUAUUAGACAAGAUUAAGGCAUCUUUAGUAGCUGAAAAUUCCACUGAAGAUAUUACACUUCCAAAAGAUCUGAAGCAAAUGAAUCGCCAUCUUUGUUAUUCACGAUUGUGCCAUUAUUUUGGCUUCCAAGAAGAUUGGAAUCAGCAUCAGCAGUUAACUUAUGCUCAUGAACUUAUUGAAAGAUAUCAUCAUGGACUGCAGUUUGGCUCCGAUCUUCUUUCAACAGAAAAUCAGCCUGCCGAUAAUUAUUGUCUCUUAGCUGCUCAUACAUUAAUAAACAUUUGGAAACAGACAGGGGAUGAAAGAUUGAUUGCUCAAGUUAUUGUCUUACUUGAACAAAGUUUGAAAAGUACUCCAGCAAAUUUUCAGCUAAAAUUGCUGCUCCUGAAAAUGUACAACAUUAUUGGUGCUGUUGGAGCUAGUUAUGGCAUGUACGAAAGCAUUGAUGUUAAACAUGUCCAGCAAGAAACUUUAGGGUAUUUAAUUGUUGAACCAUUACUGUGUGGUGCUUUUUAUUCUACUGCAAGUAUAAUAUUGUCUAAUAGUAUUCGUUUUUUCACUGGCAAUUAUAAAGACACCGUGGAUUAUUUAAUAUCGUGCUAUAAAUUUGGUUCUUUUACCAAGAUUCCGGAGCUUGUUAAGUUCAGAGAGCAAGUUAAUAAUUCAUUUCAGUAUGCUAUAGCCACAGUUGAAAGAAUGAUAUUAGAUUUAUUAUUGGAAACAAAAAGUUACCAAGAAACAGAAAAAACAAUAUCAAGUAUGGAAAUUGAUCCUGAAAAAGAUCACAGACCUACUGAGGAUUUAACUGAUAACCGUGAUGUGUUGAUAUAUAGGAUGCAAACUGAAAAGGAAAAAAACAUAAUAGGAGAGCAAAUUAAAAAGUCUUUUCAAGAUCAGAUUUGGUGGCUAAAAAUUCGAAAUUUAGUAGUUAGAAUAGUAGCAGCUUCCUUUUACCUUACUAAGUCAUCUCAUGUAAAUAACGCCAUAGAAAACAGUAUUUCCAAUGGAGAGAAGCGCAGUAUGGCAGAUAUUCUUAGUGACCUUAUUGCUUCAAUGAAAGACACUAUUACAUCAAUCGACAAAGAAAAUAUGGUAUCUGCAAUUUUUCCUAUUCAAGCUCCCGGAACUUCAAGACUUUUAAAAUAUUUGCAAGAUGGUCAUAUAGACACUUUAAUAGCUUUAUCAAAGCUAGUUCUUUAUGUUCAUGGACUUAUUGAUGGAUCAACAAUUGAUACAUCUGAAAGCAAAUAUAAUUUUGAAAUAGUUAAUGAUGUUCGAAAUCAUUACCAAGUUUCUCUAAAAAGAAUUCAAGAACUAAGUGCAAAAGUGUCUUCACAUGAGAAUCUCAAUCCUACUAGGAUAAAAGGUUUUAUAGAAGACUUAGCUAAUACUGUAGAGAUUCUUAGCCUAGGUACACUUUUUGUUAGCUUCUGUGAAGUCAUAUUAAAGCCAGCUCGAAGUUCCUUAAUGAGAAAAGGAAAAAAGAAAAAGGAAACUAUUCCUCAAAUUACUCAAAAAACAUUUCUUGAGUUUACGAAUUUAAUCAAUGAUAUGGAGUUUGUUGGAAAUAGUUUGCAGGAUUUGCUCAAUGAUUUUGAUACAUCACUGCUAGCUUCCUCUUUACGUGUAAUGUCUCUGGCAGAUGGUGAUAGUUGUUUACAGAGCCAAGAUAUUGUUCAUCAAGUAAUUAACAAGGUGCAAGAUAGUUAUCAAAAUUCAAUUAGAGAACUUAGAGAACUUGUGCAAGCAAAAGUCAAAUACUUGCAGUCAUUAAAGUGGUGAUAGUAAAUCUUUAUCACCAUAUUGUAUAUUCCUAAUGAACUAUGCAAAGUGCAAGAAGUGUGCAUAUGCAAAGAAAAAAAAACUGUGAAGUAUUGCAUCUAAGUUGUCCAUAGCUUCAAGUAUAUGAUGAGAGGUGCAAAUUUUAAGCCACAUCAUACCUCAAGUGUUUUUAUACUGCAAUUCCCAUGUACUUUUCCAUUUGUGCUAUAAAACUACCAAAGGAUAUACAAAUGAAAACAUAUUUUUUUGAAAAAAAAAUGUAUUGGUUAUUGUUUGUUGCUUUUAAGAUCUCCAUGUACAAAUUAUUCAUUAAAUAUAUAAAUUAACUUCUCAUAUUGUAAAGCAAAAAUCCUUUUGCUUUAAUUUGGCCUGCAGCUCAUUGUAGUUUGUAUACAGCCAUCCCAUGCACUAUUCUUUUAUGUCUCCUUUAAUUGUUUCUGUUUAGAAGUUUUUAAUAAUUUUAUUAAAAUCUCUUACAACUGUGUUAACAAAAUUACCUGGGACUUAGUUAAAAAUACUGUGUUUGUUGCUUUCUUCAUAAAAAUUUUUUUGUGCAUUUCUUGUGGUUCAGAGGUGCUAAUAAAAUAUAUGUAAUAUAAAAAUUUAAAUUCUAAAUUUGACGAGAAUUUAAAGUGAUUUCAAUGUUUAAAAAAUAAAUCACUAGUAUAUUUCUGAGGAGAUCUUUUGUUUUAAUAAAAUUAUCCAUUAUCUUUUGGAAAUUAAAUAUUUAUUUUUAUGUUAGGUACAUAUUCAGUUAGUGAGAGUUGCAAUGUGAAAAGGUGUCCAAACGGUGUAACAUAAAAUAUUAAAGUUAUUACAAUGGAUUUUUCAUAAUAUUUAUGCUUAUAUUGACUUCGUUUUAUAUGAGAAUUAUCUUUCUUGGACACUUUCAGUAUAUGUACAUUCACAUACAUAGCACACAUAUAUAUGUAUUCUGAAUACAUAUAAGUAUACAUCAAUAGAAACUGAAUUAAUUUCAAAUAUUCAUGCAAAAAGAAAUCAUUUGAGAAAAUUAUUAUUCUAUUAAAAGAUUAAUUUGUUAAGCAUUUUAUUUGUGUGGGCCAUGAAUCAUAAUUAGUUUAGAAUGAUAUAUAUAUAUAUGUAUGUAUGUGUCUGUACAUUUAAACUGAAUCUUCUAGAGUAAUUGAAAUAUCAAGCGCACAUUUCUUCCAUAUAUCCAGCUUAUAAUUAUUUAUAUAAAUUAUAAAUAUGGUGAUGUGUUUAGUACUUCAUUAAAUAUACGAAGCAAAUUUUUCCUCUUAAACUUUAUAAGUUUUUUUAUCAACAUUUUAAUUUGAAAUUGUUGCUGAGAAUAAUUAUGUAUAUAUUAGACUGUUUUAUUCUUUUCUUUUGAAUUUUUAAGACUUAAUUUUAGAGCAGUGAUUUCUAAAUUGGCAAUAUCACCUACAGAGACAGUAAGCUAAUAAUCUAGAAGGUUGCUUAAAAACAUGAUAGCAUUGAAGAAAUAAGAAUAUUAUAAGGGCAUGAAUGAAUGAAGAAAAUAGGAAUAUCAAACUAUGUAAAUUAAUCAAUAUAUAUAAAUAUUAAAUGAGUAUAUGUCCAUACCGUAGCAAAAAAUAAAUAAAUAAAUGGUACAGGUGUGUACUUGAUUACCUCAGAAAUUUCUGACAAAGUUGCAUCAGCAUAUUUCCUAAGAAUAUACAUUUAGUUGUGCACACAUGUCUAAUUUGUGUUCAGAGAAGAAAUGUCGUAAAAAUGAAAUGUGAUAGAUAAGUUUAUCAAGCAACCAAUAGCUAUUAUUGGAUACCAAGAAGAAAAAUUUAUAACAGGUUUGAUAUUAGUGCUCAGAACUUGGAGAAUCUGAAUGCAGCACAUUUAAUUUCAGUUGUGCCAGUGUGUGAAAUCGGGACCUACAGGUUUGAUAUUAGUGCUCAGAACUUGGAGAAUCUGAAUGCAGCACAUUUAAUUUCAGUUGUGCCAGUGUGUGAAAUCGGGACCUAAAACAAUUACUGAUUUAGGUUGCAAUUCAUACUUUUGCAAAAUCAAUUCUUUUUAUAAAUCUAUUAUAGCUGUGCUUUAAUAUCAACAGCAAAUGACUAAAUUUCUGCUGAAGUUCUUGAGCAUUUUUUUUUCCCCUUUAAGAUAAAUACUCAUUGGGUGAUGGAAGGUACCAUAUUAAAUUUAUGGAACUGUGAGGGGGUAGCAGUCCAAAAAAUUUAGGAAUUACUGACUUACUCAUUUAAUAUGAUUUCUAGUGCUACAAUAUUUUAUAUGAGCAUUAACAAAUAUAAAUAUGAGAAAUUUUGGAGUUCCCCAAAUUAUGUAUUUUGCAGCAUUUGUAUUUCUUACUACGUUUCUGAUAGUUUGAAAUAAUUCAAAUUAUUAUUUGGAAAUUUUCUUGAAAACUUUAAACACAUACAUAAGCUUUAGCUUUCCAUAGAUACAUUAUUUUGGUUAAAUCAUUUUCAAAUUAAUCAUACAGUCCUUGUAUUAUUUUUUUUAGAAAACAAUCUACAUUAUUUAAAGAAUAAGCUUUGUUAUAUGUAUAUAAUUACAUAACACUUAUCUGCAUUAUUUAUUCUUGAAAUCUUACUUAAUUCAGUUGCUUAUGCAAUACUUAUUUUCAGUUAGAAAAUAUAAAUCUGUAUAUUUACUUUAUAUAUAGUUAAGUAGAAAUAAUAAUGAUGCAUUUAAUACAGUUACUGUUUUAUAAUAUUUCUUAAACAAUAAAAUAUGACCUUGUUGCUAUUUUAAAAAUAUUAAUAAAAAUUAUUUUGUUAUCAGGACAGUAAGUUGGGAAACUUUUUAAACUUUUACUACCUGUAGUAUCAGCUUAUAUCACCAUUUAAUGUCUUUAUAGAAACCGACUACAGCAGUAUAGAAAAUUUGAAUAAAGAAAGUAAUAGUUAUGAAAAUUCAGUAUUUCUCAAAAGUGUAGUUUUCUUUUUUAAUGUUGGAAAAUCUCUGAUUUGGAUAAAAUACCAAAUUCAUGAAAUGUAUUCUAAUUUAUCAGGUACUAAACGUAUAAAGUAAAAAUUCUUUUAAUGCUAUAGCUUGCUAGCUUUAAAAAUAACUGAAACUUCUUAUUAUAGACUUCUUCUUAUUACUUAGUUUUAUAGUUAUAUUUCUGUUAAUGUGAUAUAUUUUAUAUAAUUAAAAUUCAGGAAUUGUAAGGAAUAAUUGUUUAAUAUGUGAGAAUGAACAUGAUUUUAUACUGAAAUUUCAAAAAUAUGUUUUCUCACUGUCAAACUUACAUACGCGUUAUUUGAAUUUUUAAUUAGCAGUGAGUAAUGAGCAUCAAAAAGUUUUAUGCUUUCAAAAUUGAUAUGUAAUGUAAAAUUUUAUGAUACAUAAUAUUUUGGUAAAUUUUUAAUUGGUGUAAUUUAUUGUAUCUAGAAGCAAAAUAUUUAAUUUUCUGAAGUUAAAAUAUUUAAUUUCUGUGUGUUAAAAAAAAAAUUUCCCUUUUUUAUUUUGAAAUAUAUAUGUGAUAUUUAUUUAACUGUUCAUAUUUGUUGCUUGCUUGAUUGAUAAAGUUUUGGUAUUUUUAUUCAUCUUGACUAUUAAUUGUAUAGAAGUUUUUUAAACUUUAAAAGCACUUAACCAUGAAGUUUUCUUUAAAACAUGUGUUUACUUAUUUUACUGUAUAAUUUCAAAUUGAGGCCAAUAAUGACUUUAAUAGAUGAGGGUUUUAAUGAGACACAGAAUAAAGGUUUUGUAAUUUUAUAUAUAUCUAAAAAAAAUUACUCCAUUGUUUUUCCUUUGGGAUAUGUAUGUGAUAACAAUAGCAUGAAUUUUUAUCACUGGUUCUUAUGGCCAGUAACAAAUUUGAAAUCAUUCUCAAUAAUAAAUAUUUAAAUAAUA